CAGAGGUGGACCAACCAGACAAUAUCAAACCAGAAGCCAAGACUUGACAGAUAUUUUGGACAUCGCCUAUUCCUGUGGCUUCCACUGCUGCUAUGCAGGAUGGUGCUGACCUGUCCCUUCUGCAAGGUUACUCAUCUGACCAAGCAGGGCCUGUACCGGCUGACCAGGAUAGUGCUAGACAUAGAUUCAUUCUACAUUCUAGCCACUGAGAGUUUGCACUGUGUCAAGUGCAAGAAAAAUCAGAUAGGCUGGAGUGAAGCCAUCUUGGAUCAGCUGGAUCCGGCUACCAGGUCCACGUUUCCGGUACAGAUAAUGUACCAUAGCGCAUGUGACACUCGUGUCAUAUACUUGUUGCGCCACCGAGGCUAAGGUAACAGCCCUACUUAGCUACAGAAGCAGAUCACUGAGCUUCACAAUUUGAGGUGGACGAAGCAACAACUGCAGUACAUGAAAGACUGUUCUUUGUACCUCAAGACAGUGACAGCAAAGUUCCAAAACUGUCUUCGAGGAGCUGUCCAAACAAUCUCAGUUGCCAACAUACCAAUGGUUUACCAUCAGGAGGUUUUGUCUCGAGCAGAAGAGGUCAAGGCGGCUUUGACAUCCAUCUUUGGUCGAAUUUUAAAGAUGGACUCUACUAAGAAGGUAACCAAAAAGUUGGCAGGAGAAGCUGCUCGGACGGCAGCAUGGUCGACUAACGUUGGCAAUGAACAUGGCCAGGUGCUAAUGAGCGUUAUGACAUCAAUUGAAGGGUGUGGGUUAGGCGACAUGGUGAAAGGCCUCGUAAAACGCUAGUCCGAGGCUGAUGUCCUACCACCAAUCCUGCUGUAAACAGACUACGACUGUUGCGAGAAGUCAGCACUGAUGGACAUUUUCAGACUUGGCCUGACCUUGUGGUGCGAUUAGACGUGUGGCACUUCAUGCGGCGUCUUGCUGUUGGGGUCACAACGGACACCCACAGACUGUACGCGGCAUUUAUGGGUCAGCUUUCAGCAGCCAUCUUUUGUUGGGACAAGUCUGACCUGAAUCUCAAAGAAGCUAAAAGGCAGCAGCUUAUACAAGCCAACAUCACGGACCCGUCUGACUCAGAUGUCUCUGUCCGUUUAGACCGUAAGGAGUUGUCCCUGCACUGCCGUCGGAUGACUCGAAGCACAGAGGUCAUCAGGGAGCGUAUCCAGGCUGUCUUGGAGUUGUUCGGUGGUGACUCAGGAAGGGAUACCAUGGGUGUACCACUGUUUCAUGAGCGUAUCUGGGAGCUCUAGAAACAGCAGCAGAAGCAUGUAGAGUGCCUCCAGGACCCUAAAGGUGUACAGCUCUACACUCAGACGGGCACGCUGAAAAAGGGUGGCGUGGUGUUUCCUGUGUAUCGCUGUGCACGAGGAUCUACCUCCUUGGAGUCCUUCCAUCUCCACCCACAGCGAUUCAUUCCUGGAACCAGUGCAAGCGCCAGCAACUUCCAGACUGGAGGGCCUGAUGCGCUGGAACUUAGACCGGCAUAUUACUGUAUUGUAUGACUCCAGAUUGAAGACAGCAGCCAACAGACUAAGUCAGGAGCUUUUUAACAAGGAUAUCUUCCCGACAUUCCAGUCGCCAAACAAAUACACUGGAGAGCUGAUAGGUAUCGAAUAUCUAUACAACAAAACGGGUGCUAAAAACCCUGUAAGUGCGGUGGAGCCUGAUGACAGCCUCCUGGAUGAGGGCUUUGAGGACUCCGCGGCCAUGGAUGAUAAUGAUCCAACCAUCCACAUAGUGGAUUCCUUUCUGCCUGCUUUUAGUCGUGGGAGGGCUCAGCAGAUCAUGCAGCAGAACAGGCCGUCUCAAUCAGAGAUGUCAACGAAGGAUGUGUAUUGCCAGCAGAUGUACAACGUUCCCGCUAAGCUCAAAGCCAAACCUACCACAACGAGUGCCUCUUUAGAAACAACAACAGCAGCUUCUAUGACAAAAGCAACAGCAGCUUCUGUUACAACAGCUGCAGCAAGUACUUUAUCAUUAUCUGCCGUAACUACCGCUACAUCAGCGUCGGCUAUUGCUGGCAGUUCCCAACGUGUUAAGGAUGAAGCUGAGGACUCUAUUGGACCAAACAGAGUUGCAGGUUAUGGUCAUGUGAUGGACCUGGCUGAGUAUUUGUUUCAUUUAAAAGACAAGGAAAGUAAGGCCAUCGCCAACGCAGAAGCUGACCACAUCGUGAAACUGUGGUCUAAGAUGUCCCCUUACGACCAGUCGCCGUCAAAAUAUAAGGACCGACAUCAGACCCAGCUGAUCAAGGGACGCUUCAAGGCACCAAAGACAUCCCGGAUACAGCUGGUUCCUGGAGUCCAGAGUGUCAGAAGGUAUCAGGAAGCCUUGCUGGUCAAGUUGUGUGCAGCCUUUCCGGGUUCCACCACCAAAGAUGGCGUUAAACAGGCGCGGUGGCGGACAGUACUGGAGAAGUACAACCUAAUAAGAGAGAUGGUAUUCAACAGUCAGCGCGUGAUACAGAAUACAUGCAUUCAGCUGUCUGAUAUAAACCAGCGCACCUUGGCUGCUUGGUUCAGUGCUCGUGGAAAGCGCAGAGAAAGAACCUUGCUGGAACAGGGACUUGCCCUUCAGUAA